AUGGCCUGCUUCUUCUUCUUCUUCUGUAUCUUCACCCUACGCAGUAACUCUGGCCACCGGCUGCCGCGCCCGCCACUACACAACGCGUUACCAGGCACCCAGUUACCAGACACCCAGUUACCAGGCACCCAGUUACCAGGCACCCAGUUACCAAACACCCAGUUACCAGGACCCAUUACCAGGGCACCCAGUUACCAGACACCGCCCAGUUACCAGGCACCCAGUUACCAGGCACCCAGUUACCAAACACCCAGUUACCAGGCACCCAGUUACCAGGCACCCAGUUACCAGGCACCCAGUUACCAGGCACCCAGUUACCAGGCACCCAGUUUUACCAGACCCCAGUUACCAGGCACCCAGUUACCAGGCACCACAGUUACCAGUUACCAGACACACCAGUUACCAGGCACCCAGUUACCAGGCAACUUACCGCACCAGUUUACCAGACACCCAGUUACCAGACACCGUUACAGCACCAGUUACCAGGCACCCAGUUACCAGACACCCAGUUACCAAGACACCCAGUUACCAGGCACCCAUUACCAGGCACCCAGUUACCCACAGGCACACCAGUUACCAGACACACCCAGUUACACAGGACACCCAGUUACCAGCACCCAGUUACCAGACACCCAGUUACCAGGCACCCAGUUACCAGAGACACCCAGUUACCAGACACCCAGUUACCAGGCACCCAGUUACCAGACAGCCCAGUUACCAGACACCCAGUUACCAGGCACCCAGUUACCAGACACCCAGUUACCAGACACCCAGUUACCAGACACCCAGUUACCAGACACCAGUUACCAGACACCCAGUUAUCAGGCACCCAGUUACCAGACACCCAGUUACCAGACACCCAGUUACCAGGCACCCAGUUACCAGGCACCCAGUUACCAGGCACCCAGUUACCAGACACCCAGUUAA